AUGACAAAUGAACAACAACCUUCUCCUGAUAUUCUUUUUCAAGCAAUAACACGACGUUCUACAGAUGAACAAAUGGAUAAUGAAAAUUUCGAAGUUCUUGGUGAUUGUUUUCUUAAAUUAGCUGUUUCAAUGUCAUUAUAUUAUCGUUAUCCUUCGGCCAAUGCUGGAUUAUUGACAGAAACAAAAAUGAAACAAAUUUCAAAUGAAAAUCUUUAUCGAUUAGCUGUACAAAGAAAUCUCAUAAAUUAUUUGAAUGUUAAUAAAAUUGUUUUUCGAGGUAAAGAUGCCAAUUGGUUACCACCCGGAUACAUAAUCGAUGAGUCUAAUUUGACGCUAAGUCAACGAUAUUCUCAUCAAAAUGCAAAAAGAAAAGCUUUUAGCGAUAUGAUAGAAGCAUUUAUUGGUGCUUUUCUUAUUUCGAGUAAUUAUACAACGACGAUUAAAUUUAUGCAUUGGCUUGGUAUUGAUGUUAUUCCAGUCAAUAAACAAGGCAACAUAAUGGAACUACCAUCGGUUAUUCGUUCAAAUGCAACUUCAGACAACCAACUUCAAAAUCAUGAGAUAAUCAAUAAGUUUUUUUUUGAUCAAGCAUUUAAUGAAAUUGAAACAAAAAUUCAAUACGUCUUUCAAAAUAAAGCAUAUCUUAUUGCAGCAUUUACUCAUCCAUCAAAUUUUUCGAAUCCUAUAAUAGAUUCUUAUGAACGUUUAGAAUUUCUCGGUGAUGCCAUACUUGACUUUUUAGUUACGCGGCAUGUUUUCGUCAAUUACAAUGAAAAUAUGACACCUGGUCGAGUGACAAACAUUCGUCAGGAUCUAUUGAACAACGAUCGUCUUGCCUAUAUUUUAGUUGCUUGUGGUCUUCACACAAAGAUUCUUCAUAAUUCACCUAAUUUAUUUGAUGAGAUUUCUUCGUAUAUUCAUAAUGAAAAUUUAUUUUCAAAAAAUCAAUCAACUGAUCAAUAUUUAAAUAAAAAUCUUGAUCAAUGGGCUGAUUCGACAGCUCCCAAAGCUCUGGCUGAUGUAUUCGAAGCACUUGUUGGUGCCAUCUUUUUUGACUCUGGUAAUUCUUUAGAAACUGUCUGGCAAGUUAUCGAACCUUUACUUCGAAAAUAUCUUGAUCGAUCGAUUAGUCAACCUAAUUUGAAUCCAAUAAGAUUGUUUUCAGAACAUGGUGGUAAAGUAAUCGAAGAAUCUACAGACAAGGAUGGUGAUAAACCAAUGGCAGUGUGUAUUGUUCAAAUGCUCGAUGGUGCUCAAUUCGAAGGACGUGGAUUAAAUAAGAAAAUAGCCAAAGCAAAUGCAUGUCGAGAAGCAAUGAAACAUCAGCAACACAAUGAAUACAUAUAUCAACCAACAGCGUAG